UCUUACUUGAUUUCAUUCUGCGGAUCUUAGCUGUAAUUGUUUUGAAACACACGGAGCACAACAGAAAGCGUAUGUUAGUGAUGACCGAAAUCAGACACAUAAAGACAGCAGACUUCUGUGCUCGAGAUCAGCGCGAGUGUUUUAGUUCGGUGUCUGCGCUCGUGCCGUGAUGUGAUGAGCUGCAUUGAUCUCUACACAUCAUAAAUCUGAUAUAAGUUACGCUAUUUUUGAGGAUUAUUGAUUUCUCCUCACUAAACCUCUCAAGAUCAGAUCAGUGAUGUGCUUGUAUUGUACUGAGGGCAGUGUGUUAAACAGUCAGUCUGAAACAAAAGAUGCUACAGUGCCAGCUACUUGAGCUCAACACUGAUAUAAACAAUAACACUGACUACAAAUAAUUCAUUCAGUGGAUAAUUGUCCUGCUGCUUUAUUCCAAAUAUGAACAUAUAGUCAUACGUUUACACACACAUUUCAGAAUUAAAACAAAAAUAAUAAGAGAUGGAUCUUUUUUGUUGUUGUUGAUGUUGUUUGUUUUGUGCUGCCCUGAACAAUGUAUUUUACAUAAAAGAUGUUAUAUAUCCACAAGACAAAAUAAUAACUCUAUACAUUUAUAACUAAGCAAUUAAUCAUUCUUAAAACUGUGUGUUGUUUCUGUUCCACAGCUGUUUUUAUUGUGAUAGUGGCUUUAGAUGCGUUUGGAGCCCACUGUUCUUCAUAAAAAUCUUCCAGCUGUUGUAAAGGCAUGGAUGUGGAUGUGGUGAGUUUCCGUUUGCCUGCGCAUGGAGACACUGCACUGAGUAACAUGAACUUCCUGCGGACGCAGCAGCACUUCUGUGAUGUCACCAUCGUGGCGGGGGGCAGGCGCAUGUUCAGGGGUCAUAAGGUCGUGCUGGCUGCUUGCUCUGUGUUUCUCAGGGACCAGUUUCUCAUGAACCCCUCAUCAGAGCUACAGGUGUCGAUGUUGCACAGCUCAGCAGUGGUAUGUGAACUCCUCCAGUCCUGUUACACAGGAAUGCUGCAGUUCAGUGCCAAAGAGAUCGUGAACUACCUGACUGCAGCCAGCUACCUGCAGAUGGAGCAUGUGGUGGAGAAAUGCAGAGGAGCCCUGAGCCAGUACAUGCAGCCCCAGAGUGGCAGCACAGUUGUGAAUGUCUCAACCUCAAACAAGGCUAUUCAGACUGUGAAGACGGAAGAAUAUCCGUCUAUGCCGGUGAUUGUCAGUGUAAGAGGAUCAGAUGCAUCUGGACAAUUCGAGGGAGAGGACGGGCCUGAGAGUGACAUCAUUCAGGUGCAGAUCAACGAUGAACAUCAAGACCUCGAGAAGACCUCUGGUGCUGAAGAGGAAGACAGAGAAGCUGUUGUUGUGUUAGACGACCACGAACCGCUGGACGCAGGUAUAGAGGAGCCCAGUACGGAGGGACAAGCCAAAGGCAACGGCCUCAGAGGGGCAGGCCGUGUGUGGAGAAGACGGCACGGAGAGCACAGGGGAGGCAGAGGAAGAGGCUUUAAACACAGGAAGCGAUACAUAUUCAAAGACCGCAAGCUCUUGGGUAACUAUCAGGAUUAUCAGGAGCGCCUUCCAAUGCCAGAUGAGACCAUAGGUAAUUUUGGAGCGGGAUUUCAGGCCGAUUUCAAGUCCAGUCAGCAUCUCACAGAUGGUUCUGUCUUAGUUGAGUACGGAGCUGGAGAGGGACAAGGAGAAGAGAUCGGCUCUGAUGGAGGUCCUGCACACUUCAGUGUGGAAUCUUCCAGCGGGGAAGAGGGAAUGAGAGUUGAAACACAUACAAAUGAGCAUGGAGCUGCUGACGAGUCCGUGGCGGUGGUGGGAUCCACGUCCUGUGUAACGGGACCAGUGGUGUGUGAGCAGUGCGGACUAGCGCUUUGCUCAAUGCAGGACUUAGCCAUGCAUUUCCUGGUGUCACAUCGGCUGUACAUGUGUCCAUGCUGCGGGAAGCACUUCAGCCACUUUAAUAUCCUCAACCGCCACAUGAUCGUCCACCGUGGAGUUUCCAAGCUCCACUGUUGCCCCCUGUGCCACAAGACCUUCACUCAGAAGUCAACACUGUGCGACCACAUGAAUGUGCACAGUGGGGAGCGGCCGUAUGUGUGUGCGUACUGCCACGUCAGCUUUGCCCACAAGUCUGCUCUACGCCGUCACCUGAUGGAGCAACACGGAAAGACCAUGCCCCAAAACCACAUGGAGAUGCAGCGAAAUAAUGGCCUAGGGUUUUAGAUCAUAUUUAAUUAGGUAAAGUGUGUGUUAUAAUGAAAAUUUACCCUUUAUUUAUUUUCUUAAUACUCUUUUAUAUUUUUAUUUUGCGCAGCUGUAGAAAUGUCUUCGAAAUCGAUAUGUAAUAACUAUGCAUUUGAGCUCUAUAGCCUGGAAAGAAUGAAUGACCUUUUAUUCAGUUAUUUAUGAAUAGUUUGCCCAAAAAUGAAAAUUCUGUCAUGAUUUAUUCACCCUGUCAUUUCAAACCUGUGACCUUCUCGACUGACUUUCUUCUGUGAAUCAUAAAAUAAUAUAUUUAACUGUAAUUGUCCAUACAAUAAAAAUCAAUGAGGUCCAAACAAUAGUGACUCCACUAUUACACAUACAGGUAGUUGCUGGGCAUUGCUGCAUGCUGCGUCUCCGUCAGUGCCUUCGGUCCAGCUGCGAUCUUUCAUAGAUAUUUUGUCCCUAUAAUUCCAGGACAUCUUUUGGUGGUGGGACAAUGGUCAGGAACAUCACCUACCCCCACAGGUGGACACAGGAUCCUUUUUAUUGUCUCUUACCUUCACAUACAGAUAUUCUUCCUUUACAGUUCAAUGACCUUUCUUCCAAAACACAAUCAUUUUCUCCCCAUACUACCUUAUUCUUGCUUUUCUCAUUUAUAUCCUUCCCAUUUUCACAGAUUCUAUGAACUGCCUGGGGCAGGGGGGCUUUUGUUUUACUUUAUAUUUGCCUUUAGGAUGUCUGUCAACGCAUAACCUGAUUAAGUCACCAUCUACAGCAUCCCCACACCAAGGUGAUCUUGCAACCAGUCAGCAUAUGCUGACAGUUCUCCUCUGUACCAAACCACCAAGACACAUUACUUGGACUUUGAUAAGGUGUCAUAGUAUGUUAAUCCUGAAAUGAGAGAAACUCUGGGUUUUCCGUUUCAGAAAAGGAGGUAUGUCAAACCCGAGAAAGCAGGGUAAGUCAAGCCCGUUUCUGAAAGAGAGGUAACUUAUACCUUGGUAACUUACUCUGUGAACUUAACCUAGUCGGGAGCAGGUUUUCUUCGUUAAACCCAGAGUUUCUUUCGGUCUCCUGCCCCAUUAUGUUUAAAUACCUCAUUCAUUUAUUCAUGCUGCAAAAAUGCUUUUCUUACUGAUUAUUGUGGAAUGUAAAUUAAGUGCAUUACUUAAAACAUGAAAAAUAAGCUUAAUGCAAAUGGAAACAAGAUUAUUUUUCUCUCCUCAACCACCACCAGUGUGCAGCAUCCACUUGGAUGAUGCAACGGCAGCCACAGGACAAUGGCGUCAGUACGCUCACCAGCUAAAGGUGGAGAGGAGAGAGAAAGAGAGCCAUUGGGCAUCAAUGCAGUAAUGAUUAAUCUUUUUGUUUUUAAAAAAAGGCAUUUAAGAUCUUCACCUCUCUGCCCAACCUUGUGCGUUGAGUGUGGUUGUGGGGAGUCGCCGUUGUUAAUACUAGUUCAAUAAUUUAACAUUUUGCCAGUUUUUACCUUGGACAUUAUAGCAGUAAUUAAGAAUUAAAGCUAAGUAUUAACUAGGAGGUAUAUUUGCAGAGUUGCGGACAUCUUUUUGUCAGAUGUUGUUGCCACGGUGAAUCAUAAUUUCGGAGCUCAGAGUUUCCCAUCUCAGGUUAAGUCAACUCAGAGUUGGUUGAACCUCCUUAUUGAAACAGGCCCCAGGAGUAGGGUUGAAGACAUAGGUCCUAAUAAAUUCUAAAGUAGUACAUUAAGCAGCUCUGGUGAAAAGCCAACAUGCUGGUGUGAACCUGACCCACAGGCAUUUGCCAAGUCUAUCCAGAAUACUUGGAGGUAUUUCUUGAUCAUCUUGGCAGUCUAGAUCUGCUCCCAUAUCAUCAAAGCAUGUUCCACACACCCGGGAAAUCCUGGGACAGCUACCUUCUGGCCACUUCUGUCUUUGUACCCACCUCAUCCAGACAUCCUAACUAAAAACUCUC